AUGGCUGAAGAACAAAACGAAUCCGCUGCUUGGCCCGUCGCCGACAGCACUCUCUCCCAAGAGAUCCUCGAUCUCGUUCAACAAGCUCAACAUUACCGUCAAUUGAAGAAGGGAGCCAACGAGACCACCAAGACGCUCAACCGUGGUAUUAGCGAAAUUGUUAUCCUCGCCGCCGAUACCGCCCCAUUGGCUAUUCUUCUCCACCUUCCUCUUCUUUGCGAAGACAAGAACACCCCUUACGUCUACGUACCAUCCAAGACUGCUUUGGGACGUGCAUGCGGUGUCAGCAGAGCCGUCAUUGCAGCAAGCAUCACCACCAACGAGGCAUCCGACUUGAUGGGCCAAAUCAGAAGCUUGAAGGAUAAGGUCGAGAGACUCCAAAUCUAA